AUGUCAAGAAUUUCUAAUCUUAGAAAAAGAAAUAGAUCCUUAAGAGAAGACAGUCCAGAAGAUGAAUUAGACAGAGCAAUACAGAGUUCAGAUGCUGACGUUUUAAUAAAUAAGUCGUUUACAUUAUAUCGUUGUACACCACUUUACAAGUUCGAACUUUCUAAAUUAUGCCAAUACGCGAAAGAGAUUCAAAAGUUUAUUGAGGGGCAAAUGAAUGGAAUUCUUCCUUUUGAUAGUUCAGAGGAAUUCGAAAAUAUUAAUAUGUUAAAGGAAGGAAGAGUAACGGAUGUAGUCAUUUCAAGAAUUAAUGUACCAGAGUGGAAUGCUUUGAACGAUUUGCCAAUAGGAAUAGAGAUACAAUUCAGACCUAAAAGAUCGUCAACAGAACAAAAAUUUCAUAUAAUAUUGUUUCCAAGUAGGCAUGGCAAUGAUACAAACACUGAUCUCUCAUUUAGUCAUUACCCUCUCAUGAUUACUAAAGCUCCACAACGAAUCACAACUAUUUUCAUCGAAUGGAUUCAAAGGCAAUUCGAUUGUAGAAUUUGUCGGUGUCAUUUGCAGUCUUCCAACUUAAAGAGCAUUGUUGAAGAGUGGGCAAAAUUUAUUCUUUGUGAACCAUUUAAUACAUAUAAUACAAAUCACACAGAUUUACCCAGUUCUCCAUCUGCAUCAAGGCAAAUUGAGCUUACAUACUCAAUUCCAAAUAUUGCUGAAAUAAAAAAUAUCACGUUAAGGAUUUCAUUUGAGGAUACAAACCGUCUUUAUAACAGAAAAAUCAUUGAAAGACAAACUCAAAAUGGUGCUGAAC